AGGUUUUCCGGUAUCUACCGGGAAGCCCUCGUUUUCUGUUUGUGAAAGAAGUGACGUUUUCUUUAAACAAAUUAACGCGUGUUUGUUCGUAGCUCGCCGGGCUCGUGGGUAGAAGCUUGAUUUGGUUUUGCUUCCGCCCUGCAAGCCCGGUAGCUGGGAAUAAAUUUCGCUUAGCUCCCACUGUGGAUGCUGACGCGCUGCACCCGGUUGCUGGGAGCUAACGCGUGGCUUCCGGGGCCGGCUAGCUGCUUCCUCUCCCAAGUGUUGCGGGAGCGGUAGCUUUCCGAAGCUGCGACUAGCAGCCCUGCAGGGCGCCCCAUGGCGUCCGGCCCCGCGCAACCUGCGGCUUUGAGCGCCGAGCAAGCUAAGGUGGUCCUGGCUGAAGUCAUCCAGGCAUUCGCGGCCCCGGAGAACGCGGUGCGCAUGGAGGAGGCUCGGGACAAUGCUUGCAACGACAUGGGCAAAAUGCUGCAGUUCGUGCUGCCGGUGGCCACGCAGAUCCAGCAGGAGGUCCUCAAAGCCUACGGCUUCAGCUGCGACGGGGAAGGGGUCCUGAAGUUUGCCCGCCUGGUGAAGUCCUACGAGGCCCAGGAUCCUGAGAUUGCCAGCUUGUCCGGAAAGCUGAAGGCCCUGUUUCUGCCGCCCAUGACGCUGCCCCCGCACGGGCCUGGAUUAGGGGGCAGCGUGGCAGCCUCCUGAGGGGGGACCUGUGUUAGGGAGAAGUGCUGCUCAUCCUGGAGCUCUUGUACCGCAGCUGUCCCCAGAGGAGAAUAAACAUUGCUAUUUCUUGGCCUCAGCGUGGCCUCCCCACUUGUUA